UAUAAAUCGGAGUGGAGAGGAAGGCAGACUAUAAUGGUCUCGAGCUGACUACCAUCACAAACUUAAACAAGAAUGGAAAGUAACAGUUCCUGAUCAAGGAUAUAAACAACAACACAACACUGUUUUCUUAAUCAAAGGAUCUCAUUUAUAUUCCUUGUGUUCAGUUUUACACCUCGUGUAUUUUUCUCACUGCCGAGACGUCGUUUUCUCGUGCCGUCGACUACCGGAUUACCAGCCUUUUAACGGAGUUGGUAUUAUAGUUUAGUGUUUUGUUCAGUUAAACUUUCUCAUCGCAGAUGCCUUGCGUAGAGUGUAUGCUUAAAAUGUCGGGAGAUUUCGUGAGUCCAGACGGCCUGGUGGAUCUCUUCGGGUCGAGCGAGUCUCCGCUUCUUCUUGACUGCCGAUCACAGGCCGACUUCACAAGAUCUCACAUCAAAGGUGCCAUCAACAUUACGCUACCGAGUCUUAUGCUACGGCGAUUAAAAAAGGGAAAUCUAAAGCUUUCUUGUGUCAUUCAAAAUAACGAGGCAAAGGAUAAAUUCAAUAAGCUGUGGAAGUCUCGCAAUGUUGUAUUGUAUGACGAUUGUUCAACCGAUCCAAACUCCAACCCUUCCAGUAUUGUCGAACUCUUAUUGAGAAAGUUGAAACAAGAUGGAGCUAAGACCAGUAUUCUUACAGGUGGUUUUCCGUCUUUUGAGAACAGACACCGGGAGCUUUGUGUUGGUCAAGAAAAUGUGGAAGAGACUAUUUUUGGACUGUGCAAUUUAAAAAUUUCUGACGAUUCUGGUAAUGGUACGUCGGAUUCUGACUGUGAUAAUGUGAACUCUCCCACAGCUAUGUCUCCAUUCCCAGUGGAAGUACUCAAGUACCUCUAUCUUGGCAAUGCCAGAACAUCGGCUGACAUCGGACAGCUAAAGAAACACGGAAUCAAAUAUAUUCUCAACGUUACCCCAAAUGUCCCAAAUAAGUUCGAAGAAGACAACGACUUUAAAUAUAUGCAGAUUCCAGUAGCAGAUCAGCUCUCCCAGAAUUUAUCUGCCUUUUUCCCAAAAGCCAUAGCAUUCAUUGACGAGGCCCGUGAACAGAAGAACGGCGUAUUGGUGCAUUGUUUGGCGGGAAUCAGCCGGUCAGUGACUGUGACGGUGGCCUAUUUAAUGCAGAAACAGCAUAUGAGCCUGAAUGAAGCUUACGAUCACGUCAAAGGGUGCAAACCGAACAUAUCUCCCAACUUUAACUUUAUGGGACAAUUGCUUGACUUUGAGAAAACUUUAACCGGUGUAGAAAAUACGACGGGGUUCUCAUCGUGUUCAACUCUUAAAGACUCUACAAACACACAGCUGGUGGCGGAGACGUGAUAUACACCUGUAUCACAGAUCCCAUCCAAUAUGUAUCUCAGGGCGUCUGCCGGGUGCUAACACCUCGCCCUGUGUAGUUCCCGUGAGUUGAUCCUAUGCCUCGUUGGGAGAAUGACACAAAAUAGAAUUGAUAUUAAUUAGAAACGACCCGACGUGUCGAGGCGACUCGCGAAAGCGGACUCACCAAGAGACGUUUAACAUUGUGCCAAUUACACACUGGUUUUUACCAGAAACCUCGAGGCUACAAAUCAAACACGCCAACUGUUUCCGGAAACAGAAUCGAGGUUAACCCGAUCUUGGCUAUAAGUGCCUUUUUGUCUUUCAUUGACGCUUUCUCUACAUGAUAAUUUAGCAUUUGUAUCUCGAUAUACGGAGAAUAAAUGUAGAAAAACUACGGCAGCUACCAGUUUAGCUUUCAAAGCACACUGACCAAAUUGCGUGACGUCACAUAACAUAGAACGCUUGACCAAUAGAUGACGGGUAUGAAACUCCAUACACACAUCAAUCCACCGCCAUUGGUAUUGUUAUAGAAUGAACGAUGUCGGAAGAUGUCAGGAUUUGUUAGUUUUUUCAUCACCAUUAUUCAUUCUUCAUGAAUCGUGAAACAUUUCAACUGAAUGAAGUUAUAUUUUUCUCCAUAAAUCAUCCCCAUCUCGUACCAUAGUCGUACUCUAUAUAUUUUUCAAUGUUACAGAAAUAUUAAAAGAAUGUUAUCAUGUUUUGUCAUUGUUUCGUUGUGUACUUGAAGAUGUUUACAACUGAAGACUAAUAAAUGUCUCCUUAAAUAGUGCUAA